AUGUAUGUCCAUGCGCCUACAGCCAUCCUAGAUGAGGAAGCGCGGUUGCCCAAGGGUAGCAAUACAUCCUUCUUGACAAAACUAGAGACCCAGCAUAAGACGAAGGAGCACUUCGAGGUGCCGCGCUUUGGCAACGGAGACGCCUUUAUAAUCAAGCACUUCACAUGCAAAGUAGAGUACGCCAUCGAUGGGUUUCUGGAGAAGAAUAAGGAUGCUGUUAGCGAACAAUUGUCUGGGCUUCUGGAGGCGUCGACGAUACCGUUUGUAGCCCAGUUAUUCCCUGCGAAGAAAGCCACCAAAGAGACUGCCAGUGCUGCGGGAGCGAAGAAGCACACGGCAUCCACGGUCGCCUCUAAGUUUAAGGCAUCUCUCGGUAACCUUAUGGCCACUAUCACAGCCACCGCUCCUCACUACUGCCGUUGUAUCAAACCAAAUCAGGCCAAGGCGGCAUUCGAAUUUGAGGAGGAAAGCUCGCUCGAGCAGCUGCAAGCGUGUGGUGUGCUGGAGACUGUGCGCAUCAGUGCCGCGGGUUAUCCGUCGCGCUGGGAGUUCUCAGAGUUCAGAGACAGAUACCAACGCCUUCUGAGCAAGAAGCAACUGGGAAAUGGAAAUUUGGAAGAUACAUGUAAAACGAUUGUGCAAACAGUGAUUGGCGAUCCCGAUAAAUACCAGUAUGGAAAGACAAAGAUCUACUUCCGCGCAGGUCAGGUGGCGCAUUUGGAGAAGCUCAGAGAAACCAAGCGACUCGCAGCAGCCAUUAUGUUGCAGAAGAUA